AUGUCUGCCACUAUUCCAACGAAUGUGUCUUCUCUAGCCGUCUCGAAACCAUCGGCAAUGGUGCAAACUUCCAAAACUGAUUUGUCUCCUUUUACUGCCAGUGAAGAAAACCAUCAAUUUACAAGUUCUUUUUCCAUUCGCGCUAUUUUGUCUUCUCGCACGACUUCUCAAGCAGAGGCUUCCUUUUUGUCUAACCCAUUUUAUCGUCAUCUUCUCUUCGCUGAGGAUGCUGGUCAGGUUGACUACUCACCGUUUCCUCAGCAUCACUGCUGUCAACACGGAGCAUGCGCUGUUGGCUGGCAAGGUACAGAGCUAUUUAAUCAAGGUAUUUCGAUACAGCUUUUAGGGGACCAUACCAAUAUUUUCAAUCGCCUUAAAAGCGACUUUAUCCUUGGUCCGAUCGCCAUAAGGUUUCUUAAUUCACCUCUAACCUGCAUUGGACUGAAGUUUGUUAAAAUAUAGUUUUAAGAAAAAUACUUUCGGCCAUGACAAACAUGAACAAAAAACUUUGCAAUCAGUAAGAACAGAAUAUUGCACAAUAUAGACCUACUAUUGAAAAUUUGACACCAGGAACUUAAAGUGUGGUUUUUAGCAAAUGCUUUUCGUGAGAAAAAAAUUUUGAGACGAGUGUGGGAGCGUGAAAGACCAGUUAGCGAGCGUAAGCAAAGGCGUUUUCGAGCGACGUGCGUCAAGGGCAAGUUAACUUUUCGCAUUAUCGGGCAGUGAUUUUGCUCAAAUUCUAAGAAAAUCGUCCCUAAAAGAUAAAACACCUUAAGCAAUACAAAUUUGGUACCGUCAAGGUAUAUUAAAAGGAGAAGGCCUCUUCUUCCGGUUGACAUGUGUCGCUCCAAAACGUCUUUGCUUUAUCUUUCUUACGUGCCUCGCUUCGGCCUUUCUUAAUAACACCUGUUCUGUGGGCUAAAAUAGAGACUCGCAUUAGGACAACAAAGCCAAACAGGACUUUUUGAAGUAAAAAAACAAGAUCAGUAACGACUACAAAUCUAGUUCAUAGCUUGUAAUUUGAUUUUUGCUCAUUGUUGUACGAAAUUUAGAUCUUGACAAAAAAGACGCUGGCAAGAAAGAAAAAGACAAACCAAAUAAGAGAUCACGCACCAUUUUCACACCAGUGCAGUUGGAACAGUUAGAAAGCACAUUCUCCAAGCAACAGUACGUGGCAGGAGAGGAGAGACGUCGACUGGCUGCCUCAGUUAAGUUGACCGAAACACACGUAAAGGUCUGGUUCCAAAACAGGAGAAUCCGGUUUAGAAAACAGGUUCAACGGCAAGAAGACACUGCAUAG